CACCAGGCCAUGCCAACCCUGACAGGAGUCCGAGUAGAACUAACUGUUCUGAUAGAAGGAGAGAGACUGACUGAGAGAGAGGAAAAGUGCUGGCUGCCUCCCUGGAGUGAGAGUGCUGAGAGGAGGGGGUGAGAAAGCUGGGAGUUAUGCGAAUAGGCUACAACACUGGGACGUACCUUCUCGCCCUAUACACAGCAGGAAACAACCACAAAUGUCUGGAGGAGGCUCAUCUUCAGGGCCCAGAUCAAAAGACAGAAACUUAAAUGGGCGUUCGGCGCAGUACGAUGAGGUGCCAGCUGAUCCUCGCCACCCAGAAACCAACCUAGAGACGCUGCAUGACCGUGACCUUGCUCUAAGCGCUGAUCCCUUGCCGCCACCACCUCUGCCACAGCAUCCUCCAUUUGGGGCUGAAUUCUACCCAAGUGAUAGUGAAGAGCCAGUAACCACGCUUGAACUCCGACCUGUUAGAAGGUUCAUCCCAGAUUCCUGGAAAAAUAUCUUCAAGGGUAAAAAAGAAAAUCCAUGGGAAAAUCCAAUGACAGAAAUUAACUAUACAUCAGGAGGAGUUCCAUGCUCUCCUCCACGGUCACCAUCUCUCCCUGCUUCAGAACCUCAUGGAAAAAACUUAGCAGGAGACUCAAAGACAGUUGCUAGUUCCUACAGAGACCCAUAUGGUGGGUCAGGUGGUAGCUACAAUUCCAGGAGAGAAGAAGAAGCUAUGUUGCCUCAUGACCCCUAUGGCUCUUUGGGGCGCCAAACACAAACUGUGAAGACAUACAGUGAGAGAGUAGAAGAAUACAAUAUGAGAUACGCCUACAUGAAAUCUUGGGCAGGCUUACUAAGAAUCCUUUGCAUUGUAGAGCUCCUCCUUGGAGCUGCUGUAUUUGCUUGUGUUACAGCUUAUAUUCACAAGGACAAUGAAUGGUACAACAUGUUUGGCUACUCUCAGCCAUAUGGAUACACUGCAAGUAUGCAAGGAGGCUACUAUUACAGUGGCCCCAAGACUCCAUUUGUACUUGUUGUUGCUGGUUUAGCCUGGAUAGUGACCAUAAUUCUCCUUGUGCUUGGUAUGUCCAUGUACUAUCGAACCAUCCUGCUGGAUUCUACCUGGUGGCCUCUAACAGAAUUUGGCAUCAAUAUAUCUUUAUUUAUACUUUAUAUGGCUGGAGCAAUUGUUUAUGUCAAUGAUACUAACCGAGGGGGACUUUGCUAUUACCAGUUAUUUAACACCCCAGUGAAUGCAUCAUUCUGCAGAGUAGAAGGUGGGCAAACAGCAGCCAUUAUCUUCCUAUUUGUCAGCAUGCUUAUGUAUUUCAUUAGUGCAAUGGUUUCCCUGAAGCUUUGGAGGCAUGAGUCGGCCAGAAAGAGACGCGAGUUCCUAGGUCAGGAGAUGAAUCCUAAUCAAAUUUCUCCUCCAAAAGUCAUGCGUGAGGUGGCACUGGGAAAUGGUCAUAUGAUUGAUGUCCCAGAUCAGCAGAGAGACAUGCGGAAGGUAGAGAUGAAACCUGAGCUUCUCAGUGGAUAUAUUCCUGCUGGACAUAUACCAAAGCCCAUUGUAAUGCCAGAUUAUGUGGCGAAAUACCAGGCCAUAAAGGCGGAAGAUGAACGGGAGCGAUACAAAGCAGUCUUUAAUGAUCAAUUUGCGGAGUACAAAGAGCUUCAUGCUGAGGUGCAAGCUGUUAUGAAAAAGUUCAGUGAGCUGGAUGCAGUAAUGCAGAAACUCCCAAGGAACCCAGAAAAUCAGCAUGAAUAUGAAAGGAUAGCAAAAGUUCUUCAGGAAUACCAAAAGAAAAAAAAUGAGCCAACCUUUUUAGAAAAGAAAGAACGAUGUGAAUAUCUAAAGAAUAAACUUUCACACAUUAAGCAAAGGAUUCAGGAGUAUGACAAAGUCAUGGACUGGAAUGAUGGAUAUAAUUAGCACUGAUGUUAUUUUAACCUUAAUGACUGCUGUAAAUAUACAAAUGAACAUUA